GAAGAAAGGAGCAGGAUAACCUGACAUACCUACCUACUUACACUUUAACAAUCCAACUACCACGUCACAGAACCACAUUCUUUGGGACGGCGCCAACCAUUCAAAGCUAAUCAAUACCAGGGUGCCUGCCUAUCGCUGGCUCCGUUUACCCCGCGAUCCCCUCUAUCGUGCUGGUCAUCGCUCUCAGCUCAGGCCCUUUUUUCGCCCAUCUUGUUACCGGUCUGGAACCCUCCUCGAUUUUCGAACGCAAACAAGCGGUGGACGCUUCACAUAGGACCCUUGGAUACAUACUGCUACACUCCGUCAGUGGUUCUACUGUCUCUCGCGACAACAUCACAUCAUACCCUCAGGACACCGACACCAUCGCAUCCACCUCCCAAACACCGAUCCUUAGACGACUUGUGAAGCACGACUCUGACAUCGACGACAAAGUCUUCGCCUCAGAACCUGAUAACGCCACCUGGAUGUCUAUACCGAGCGCUACCUAGACCCGAACACCGACGAUUCUUCCACCAUGGAAGCCCAGAUGUCGACACAGGAGCAGCAGCUCUGCCAGGCCUUGCUGGCGAUGCCUGGCAAAUACCGAUACCGCUACAGCGAAGAGGCAUCGCGGGAACUUCUUCUCACCCUGUUCUGGUCCAUGGCUGGUGGGAAAAACGAAUACAUGAAGCUCUUCUUUCCCCAAGGGGAUCCACGAAACACUUCCCUCAAGCUCAGGGAUGCCCAAGGCGCGGUCGAGGGCGCCGAAUACACCGAAGCCGCGCGUGGCAAGGCCUGCGGUCACAUAUUCAAACAAGGAGAAGCAUCGUAUGCGUGCAAGACCUGUAGCGCAGACGACACCUGCUGCCUGUGCAGCAAGUGCUUCGAAGCCACCGACCAUACAGGCCAUAUGGUGCGAAUCAGUAUCUCGCCCGGAAACAGCGGAUGUUGCGAUUGCGGAGAUUUGGAAGCGUGGAAGCGGCCCAUGUUUUGCACAAUACAUUCGAUGUGGGAGGGCGACCGCGAUAAGGGCAAGGGAAAAGCGACAGAACUUCCAGAGGAUCUGGUCAGGAAUAUCAGGAUGACCAUCGGCCGCGUCUUCGACUACAUGUGCGACGUCAUCUCUUGCGCCCCCGAGCAGCUCCGCCAAACCAAAACCGUUCAGUCUAUCCAAGAGGAUGAAAGGCUCUCGAGGUUAUCAUCGACAUACUGCGGCGGAGAGACUGACUCGCCGGGGGAAUAUGCCGUUCUGCUGUGGAAUGAUGAAAAGCACACCGUGGUCGAUGUGCGUGACCAAGUGGCUCGGGCGUGCAACACCACGCUUGCAAAUGGCUUGAAAGCUGCUUACGAGACCGAUGCCAUUGGUAGGAGUAUCCUGAUGUACGACAGCAGUCUGGAAAAGCUGCUCGAAGUAGCCGAGGUACUUGAGAGGAUAAGGGUUACCGUUACCAUUCGCUCUUCCAGGGAUACCUUCAGAGAGCAAAUGUGCGGCACCAUAAUUGAGUGGCUUAGAGAUAUCUCUGGCUGCCGAGUUGGCCACGACCAUCAGCUUUUGAGAAACAUCGUGUGCGAGGAAAUGCUUAAGCCUUGGAGGAAAGGUAGCCCCGCGGCACAUGCCAUUGUCGGCAAAGAUGGCAUUGACGAUGAAGACCGUAUUGACCAAGAAGAGAACGUACCAAGCGGGUUCUACGAGCAGCAAGGCAGGCUUUUGCUUCAGGCACGUCAAGCUGCCCGUAGGAUGGCAGAGGCUCGUGAGGCUGGCGAAGAUGAAGGGGAUGAAGACGAUGAAGACGGGGACGACAUCAUUGUCUCUGGUGGAGAAAUGGAUGAAGAUGAGGAGGGGGACGAAGAUGUCAUGAUGCUUGACGAACAAGGUGACGCAGCUGGGGAUGAUGUUGCCAUGACGGACUGGCGAGAAGUUAGGGUGGUGCAGGUAGCCCCGGCCGCUGCUGGCGGCCGUCCUCUUCCGCCACCUCCCCCUCCGGCACCGACUACUGCUACGGCUCACCGACGAGCCAUUCGGGAACGCGAGCACACUCCUGAUGAUUCCGAUACCGCCGAGCCACUCAUCGCGCCAAAUAUCUACACCAAGGCCCACCUCGACAUUCCAAAGACCCCAGGCAGUCCGAAAGCCAAGACAUCGCCUCCAAAUCCUGGACGUUACUGGUUGCAGACUCCUGCCGGCUACGUGGAGGAAAGUAACAUUCCGGUUGCCGAAGACCUUUUCGAGCGAGUUCGUCUAGACUGGCUGAUACUAUUUGACUUGCGGAUGUGGAAGAAGGUUCGCUGUGAUCUUCGGUCAUUAUACAUCUCAACCGUCGUUACGAUCCCCGAGUUCAAACGUGUACUCGGCUUGCGGUUUGCUGGCCUUUACACCACUCUGGCUCAGUUGUACCUCAUCGGCGAUCGUGAGCCUGAUCACUCCAUCAUCAACAUCUCCUUACAGAUGCUGACAACUCCCUCCAUUACUGCUGAAAUCGUUGAGCGGGGAAAUUUCCUUACCAGUCUGAUGGCCAUUCUUUACACAUUUUUGACCACUCGUCAAGUCGGACACCCUUGGGACGUGGCAAGCAACGCAGUUUUGUCCUUCGAUUCAGGCUCGGUUACGAACCGGCGCAUGUAUCAUUUCUUCUUAGAUCUCAAGUAUCUCUUUGGGUCUCCGCACGUUCAGGAACGCCUCCGGACAGAGGAGCGAUAUAUGAUGCAGUUCCUCGACCUCGUCAAGUUGCAUCAAGGUAUCUGCCCGAACGUCAGGGCUGUCGGCGAACACGUCGAAUAUGAGACAGAUAGCUGGAUCAGCGCGUCUCUUGUCACACGGGAGAUCAACAGACUUUGCAGACAGUUCGCCCAAUCCUUCCGGAACGUCAAGGAACACGGUUUGCAGUAUGUCAACAAUGCAAUCAGACUGGCUGCAAAGGUUACCAUUAUCAACUCACUUGGUGCCGAGCGUCACCGGUUUAACCAGUCAGAAAUCAAGGAAGAGAUUUCCUUCAGAAACCUUACAGAUUUUGAGUUUGAGCCAACUGGGCGAAGUUUCAAGGUCGUCCACUUUGUGGUAGAGGAGCAACCCAACAGUUUUCAUCAUGCCCUUCACUACACCUUGUCGUGGCUUAUCGAGUGCGGCAAAUCGAUGAGCGUUGACGACCUGCGCAAGCUCCUUACUUUCGAAACCUGCGAUUUGCUAGCAAAACCUCAGCCGAUGGGUCGAAAGUCCAUGCCUCGCGGUAACUUCACACCGGAAGAUUACCUCCUUGUGGCCUUUGAUUUCCCGCUCAGGGUAUGUGCCUGGCUUGCGCAGAUGAAGGCUGGCAUGUGGGUGAGGAAUGGGUUGAGCUUGCGUCACCAAGGAGGGACCUACCGCGGUGUUAGCCAGAGAGAUGUUGCUCACAAUAGGGACGUAUUUCUAUUGCAGACCGCUCUUGUUGUCUGCGACCCAAGCCGUGUUCUUGCCUCGAUCGUUGACCGCUACGGCAUGGAGAUGUGGAUCAAAGGGUUCUUUGAACAAAAGUCCAAGGCCCAAGACGAUGGUCAACAUUUGGAUGUUGUGGAAGACAUGCUUCAUCUGCUCGUUGUCCUCGUAAGUGACCGUACAUCUCUUACGCAAAGUGAGGAUGAAGCUAGGCCACUCAAUUCGGCCAUGCGUCUCAAAACCAGCCCCCUCAUCGCGGCCAUGCGACGUGACCUCACGCACGUCCUUUGCUUUAAACCGUUGUCGUUUUCGGAAAUUUGCAACAAACUGCCGGACAAGUUCCACGAGCACGAGGACUUCCAUAAGCUGUUGGACGAAAUGACCAUCUACAAGGCACCCGAGGGGCUGACAGAUGUUGGCACAUUCGAGCUUAAGCCAGAGUUCAUUGAGGAUGUGGAUCCUUACAUCGCGCACUACAACAAGAACCAACGCGAAGAGUCAGAAAUGGCAUGGCGCAAGUGCAUGGCUAAGAAGACUGGGCAGUCGAUUGAGGAUGUCGUGUAUGAGCCCAAUCUUCGUCCAAUCACUUCUGGAGUCUUUGCCGGACUGUCUGAUUUCACCCGGACAGGCAUGUUCGCCCAGAUUAUCUACUAUUCCCUGCUCUAUACUCUCUCAUCCUCCAAGUUUACACCCCAGGUGCCCACGACUCGAGUUGAGACCUUCCUUCAAGUUGUCCUGCAUCUGGUUUUGAUCGCCAUCAAGGAAGAUAAAACAGGUGAGGAGGAUGGCCAGCAACCGUCAUUCAUCUCUCGUUCUCUCAGCCACCAGGCGCGCAGCAACUUCAUGCCAGAGAACCCUACGGCAAAAACCGUCGUGGCACUCUUGAACCUCCUUGCCGCCGAAGAUGCUUUCAAGACGGUUCACCCCAAGAUCCACUUGAUUCUGAAGAAGAUGCGGCAACAGCGGCCCCAUGAGUUCGAGUCUGCUUACCAUAGCCUUGGUCUCUCAGUAGACCAUAUUGACGCUGGUUUGCCCGACAGCCAGAACACUGACGAGGAGCGCGAGAAGAAGAAGAAGGCUGCACUAGCGCGCCAAGCUCGUGUUAUGGCACAGUUCCAGGCCCAGCAAAAGAGUUUCAUGGAGAAGCAAGGAGAAAUCGACUGGGGUGAUGUGGACGAUAUCGAUGAGGACGAGGACAUGCCAGCUGCCGAGGAGCAUAAAAACUAUUGGAAGUAUCCAUCAGGAACAUGCAUUCUGUGCCAGGAAGAUACAGAUGAUCGUCGCCUUUACGGAUCCUUCGCCUUCUUCACUGAGAGCAACAUUUAUCGGCAGACUGAUCUCCAGGAUCCGGAUUUCGUGAGGGAAGCGUUCAAGACACCCGAAAACUUGGACAGGUCUGCAGAGAGUAUCCGGCCCUUUGGACUUGCUCAUGAGAACCGCCAGAUUGUUCAAAAGGUUGACCAGGAGGGAAAGAUAUUUGAGGCUGAGCGCUCCGUUAUUGGCAAAGGCUUCCCAUCGCACCUGUCUCGUUCCGGCCCUGUUUCGACUGGGUGCGGCCAUAUCAUGCAUUAUGGAUGCUUUGAAGCAUACUUUGAUGCCACUGUACGCCGUCAUAAUCAGCAGAUCGCAAGACAUCCGCCUGAGGACACGAGUAGGCUGGAGUUUGUAUGCCCCUUGUGCAAGGCCUUAGGCAAUGCAUUCCUCCCCAUCGUCUGGAAAGGACAAGAAGAAUUCUAUCCUGGUCCAUUAUCACCAUGUGAGUCAUUUAACACAUGGCUGGACAAACAGCUGCAUUCUGCAUAUUAUGUCCUGGGAGCGGCAAGGCCUCCAGACCAAAUCCAGCAUUCGUUUGCAACGUACACGGCGAGAACAAUGGUCCACAGUCUUGCUGAAGAUUCAGCUCAACUGUUUGGCGAUGCCUGGGUAGACCUAGGGGCCCGUUCAAGGUCAAGCGGGACGCCAUUCAGUGACUCCUUCUCGAUCAUCUCAGCUACUGAGGUUAGCAGCCGAGGGGCUACUCCUGCCGAAGGGAACAGCAUGAUGAGAGAGCUGGUCUCUGCGUACCGUCGUCUUCGAGAUACAUUGCGGAAAAACGGCAUCAACUCGCACCAUGAUCUUCCGGAGACAGUGCGAGAUGAUGAGCUGGCUUGCAGUGAUGCUCUUGCUCGCUCUGUGGGCUUUUCUAUUGCAGCUAUUGAGAUUCAGCAGCGCGGGGUGGAAGUGGACUAUGGAAUGACCUUACUUGAGAAGAUUCCUGAACAAGUCCUUACCCACCUCCGUAUUCUGACUGAGACAGUGACGACUUUCAUCACUGUAGGCGGACUCAGAGAGGCUGGAGACAACAGGAUCGACACCGAGUUUCGGAGAGACAGCGAACGCCAGCAUUGCCAGCUGUUCAUUGCACAAUAUAAGGAUGCCGAAACCGACAGCGCCAGACAACCUUAUCAGGAGUAUCCUCCCCUUCUCAGCCAAGACCCUUUCGUUUUCUUGUGCGAAUGUGUCUUUGGCGUUGUCCCAGCACAAAGGUUUGAAAUCGCCCACAUCGUGAGGCUUUGCUACCUUGCUGAGAUCACCAAAGUGGUUUACCACAUGGGCCGCAACAUGCCUGCCACUAUGUGGAUGUCAAAGAUCUUCAGCGACCGCAAAGACGAAAUGUCGCCUGAACUGGCUAACUUCGCUUCAUUUUGCGAAACGGUUGUACGGAUGGACUUGGGCUUUUCCGAGAGGUACAGGGUCCAAAGCUCUACUGGGGAGAACAAGGCGUUCGACCAGCCUGGAUUGGACAGCUGGGAGGGCUGGUACCGGUUCAUCAGAAACUAUGCACUUACGUUCCUUCGUAAGUGCGCCAUCCUGCUUUACACAAGGUACAAUGUCGAUUUCAACAGCCGCGUCUCGCCCAAUCCUGAACAGAAGGAGCUCGAGCGCCUCACCGAGACGCUGAAACUUCCCUCAUUCGAUGCAAUGCUAGCUUCCCUCACGCCGGACUCGCGAAUUUCCCAGCUCGUAUCUGGCUGGAUAGAGCAUCAGACUUGCUGGGACGCAGAACAUUCAACCCUCGCCGCUGACGACAAUAAGUUGUUGCCGCCUUCGGCAGUGCUGAGCCACCCGGGCAUCUUCGAGCUUGUCGGCCUUCCCAAGAACUACGCCACGCUCAUUGAGGAGUGUACGCGGAGGAAGUGUCCUACUAAGGGCAAGGACAUUUCUGACCCUAUGCUCUGUCUCUUCUGCGGAGAUCUGUUCUGCGGUCAAAGCAUCUGUUGCGCGGUGGAGGAUAGGGAAGGCAGAGGCAAAACCAUGAGGAUUGGCGGUUGCCAGCAACACAUGAGAAAGUGCCAAAAGAACAUAGGUCUCUUCCUCAAUAUCCGAAGAUGCUGCAUCUUCUACCUCCAUCGCCUCUCAGGAUCCUUCAGCAACGCGCCCUACAUCGACAAGUACGGCGAGGUGGAUCUCGGUCUCCGUCACGGACGGCUGCUUUAUCUUCAUCAGAAACGGUAUGAUUCCAUGUUGCGCAAUCUGUGGCUCAGUCAUGGUAUUCAGAGCUUCAUUAGCCGUAAGCUUGAGGGGGACAUCAAUAACGGUGGCUGGGAGACACUUUAAGAAGAGGAAAUUGUAUAUGUAAAAAGCGGGCAAGGAGCGAGCGGUGGAUGUGAAUAUGGCUGUGGGUGCAAUGCAUUAUUUCUGGCAAGAUGGGGUAUCAUUAUUUGGCGUUAUCCUUCAUAUGACAAACAUCAGGGUGGAUUGGAGGGGUGCUUGCCUUGGCUUCAAUGUAUUAUUUUUAUGGAUAGCAGAACUAUAUAGGAGGUAGUGCGUCCAGGUUUUUUUUUUUUU